AUGGGCCCCAUCUCCCCCGGUGCCCCUAGCGGACUACAUCGCAAGAAGAAGAAACCUGCCCCGACCGCUUCGACAAACCUACACCGAUAUGAACCCUUCACAAAGCGCAUUUCGAGACUGAAAAUCGACCCGGUCCAUACGGUGGAAAAGCGAAAGCCUUCCAACAAUGAGGCGGAUUUGACACAAAGCUUUUUCCGCACUGCCCUCGACGAGUGGGCCGAAUUGAACUUGUCGCAGACAUUCACGAGUUUUCUGAACAAGGCCAGCCCGCUGAGCGAGAACCUCCCCCAACUUCUCCACCAUGCCGAUACCAUCUUCGACCUACUCGUACAACACAUCGAGAAGAAAGAUGCUCUGGCGUUGGAGCCUCUCCUCGGCCUCCUCGCACACUUGGCCCAUGAUCUCGGCCAGCGGUUUGAACAGUACUUCUCCCGUACAGUGGAACUGGUCGCGUCGGUGGCCGCAUCUCAUGACAGUGCGGAGGUGAUUGAAUGGUGCUUCACCUGCCUGGCCUGGAUGUUCAAAUACCUCUCGAGAUUGCUCGUUCAAGAUCUGCGCCCUCUCCUUGACAUUAUGACACCAUACCUGUCCGCGAGAAAAGAUUACAUCGUUCGAUUUAGUGCGGAAUCGCUAGCGUUUCUGCUGAGGAAGGCUGCCGUGCUGUACCAGAAAAGAAAAGCCCCUCUGAAUCUCGCCAUGAAGCAUCUACUGGGAGGACUCGUUCAAGAGGAAGGAUCCACUCAGCUCAAGUCAUAUCAAUUCGGUGUCAUGAGCCUUUGUGUUGAAAGCGCACAAGGCAUAGACUAUCAAUUGCACUCCAGUGCUGAUUCCUUGGUGCGAGCUCUUUUGGACGCCGCCGCACCCUUAAGCGGAGAAGCAGAAGUCCGAUCAACGGUGGAGGGUAUUUUGAUUGCACUGAUUCAUGAGACCAACAGUGCUGGGUUCCAGCCCGCGCUAGAUGUCAUCCUGGAUUAUGUUCGAGAACGAGCCAUUUCCACCGAACCAAGCCAGGUGUUUUUCGCCCUGAGACUUAUCACUGUGGUCAUCGCGACAAGAAGAGGGUCAAGGAUUUCCAGUUGGACGGCUGUGAUACAGGCUUUUCUCGACAUCGCGCAGACCGCCGUCCGUAGUGCGAACGAGGACAGUCAGAGUCAGACCAAGCGAGAUCUGAUUGCCAUCUCUGCAGGAAUCUUUCAGUAUGCGCCGAUGGACCAGUUGCUACCGUUUUCGCAAAAGUCGAUGGAUUUCUUGACAACCCAAUUGUCUGCGCGGGAGUUUUUCGCGUUCUGCACCACCUGUGCCGAGCUGGGGCGGGAGAGGUUCACAGACCUUGUGCUACCUCGGCUCCAGCAAUACAUCUUGAACAAUUGGCGUGGUGACGAGGUUGGCGUAUAUUACUUGCUGGAAAGACUUCGGGAGGACGGUAUUAUCACUGGCGGACGUGCAAGUGCGGGAUCUCUCAACUGCCCUGACUUGGAGGCCUCCGCGGUCCAUGAACUGUCUGCAAAUGCCGCCGAGGACACGACUUUACCAGUCGAGCAAUUUGCGGGACGGAUUCACCUGCCGGUUAACCUUCGCCAUUCUUCGGAUUCAAAGGUCACUGCCGCUCUUCUUGAUGCUUACCGCGCCAUGAUCGUCGGCGUUCUCAAGGGCCAUAGCGAUUCAGAUCUUCGUCGACGUGUACUGCUAGGUUGGGGGUUUGAGACCUAUCUUGACUUUCUGCCCGAUGGAGAUGCUGGAAUUCAAGAGCUUAUUUCCUUAGUACUCCAUACGUCCCCUGUGCAUUUUCGGCUUCCGCUCUUCCUACAGGAGAGUAUCCGUCUGCUGCAGAAGGGCGAUGUUUCUGCUGAAGCGCAAGACAGGAAUCUCGAGAGCGUCCGAUACGUCCUUAUUCAGAACUUGCUCAGUCCAUCAUUCCCUCUGAAAGAGGCCUCUUUAAAGAUUCUUACCAUGUUGGCCCCGGCAGAGAUCAAAGAAUGGCUUUCUGGGGUAGCAGAUCUGAUGCUUGAAAUCCUCAGAACGCCAUAUACACCAGCUGACGUCAGGACAAUCGCCAUGCUUCUCAGGCGCCUUCCACAAAGACAGGACAAACUUGGUCCGGAAUCGUCUUACCAGAACCUGAUACCAUUUUUCUGUCUCGGCAUGCUAUCCUAUUACCACGAUCAAACAAGAAAGGAAGUCAGCAACGUGUUAGCUCAAAUGGUCGAGUCCACGGCUGUCGAGGAUUCGAUCAUCAACGUUGCUAUUCAGUGGCUACAGGCACCUCCUACUAUCGAGAAUGCUCAGGAAGCAAAGCCUGCGCGGGCGGUACAGAAGUCGUCAGCUUUCGAAUGCACAAAUCUCUACCAUGUAGAUUUCUUGUGUGCCAAACUUCAUGAUGACUUUUAUCAAUCCGGCGAGCGACUUCGCAGUUUAGUCGAGCAUAAGCACCAAUUGGAAAACACCAGGACACCAGAGAGCAGUCGGACGUUGGCUCUGCAUGUGUUAACGGCAAUUCCAGCAUCGGCUGAGCGCCGAUCUCGUUUAUUGGUGCCGAUAUUCCUCGCAGCCCCAAUGAAUCGCGGACAGCUUCAGCAAAAGGCCGCGUCAGAAUCCUCUACAUCUUCACAUACGCUCAGCCCAGAUGUUGAUGUUCACGAAUGGUCUCUUGCCGACCGAAAAGCGUUGCUGACCCUUUUCGGGAAGUUCCUUAACCCCCGUGUGCUCUUCAGAUCAGGAGAGGUCUACGAUAAGCUUAUCGAUCUUCUAAGCAACGGCAAUAGCGAAAUCAGAAAGCUUGCGCUUCAAGCAGUACUCUCCUGGAAAGAUCCAUCUCUUGUCAGCCUUCAAGAUACUUUGAUCGACGUAGCUGAGGACAAAAUCUCGACCACAGACCUCGGCGCUUUAUUGAGUGCUGAGGAGGCCCAAAGCACAAUCAAGCAGGACGACCGCAGUACGGUUUUCCCCGUCUUGCUAAGGCUUGUCUUUGGCCUCAUCGUCGGUCGAGCAGGUACCGCUGGCUCACAAGAAGCAAGAAGAAGAUCAAUUUUGCGGACGCUUUUUCGUAUGAGUGAAGGCGAGGUUACCGUGUUCCUGGACAUCGCUCUUGGAAAAUUGAGGGAUAUCAAAAUCGCCGAGUUCAGACCCGAAUACGUCGGCCCGGACGCCCAUGACAUCCCGGAGGAUCAACAGUAUGGGUUUCUGCGGCUGUUGUUGUCCAUGUUAGAGGCAUUACAGAGUCGAUUUGCUCCUUACGGACCCCAAGUUGUUGAUGCCGUGGUGUUCUGUCUUGCCAGGGCAUCUCGACAAAGUCAUGCCAUUGCAGAACCAUCCGCUUCUUCAUCGAGUCUGACACGCAGCAUCAGGCGAACGUCGUUACAAUCUCUCGUUUUGCUGUUCGAGCAUUGUGAGGGCGUUGAUUGGCCGUCAUACUUACCCACACUCUUUGCAAAUGCAAUCAGUCCCCGACUGGAGACAUUCUCCACAGAGUCGAGCCAGGGAAUAUCCGGGUUGCUACGCUUGUUUGCUUCCUGGGUCCAUUCCAAUGCCCUGGUCGGCUGUCUGAAAGAGUACGAUGACAGAGUGCCGGAUGUCCUCUGGCAAUGUCUGACUACGCCCUCGGCACAAACAGAAGUGAAGGUCUUCAUUCUGCAGGACAUCGUCAUCCCUUGGGUAAUGCUGGCUGACGACAAAUCGGCGGAACCAAACAAGGCGGGAGAGCUACUGAGCACAGAAGCUGACGGCUUGCUAAAGGCACUCUUAGUUCUGCUUGAAAACACCCCGCCCAAAGAAAUCCUCGGCGCCAUUACAACUAUUUUGCCUAAACUUGCGCCUUUUGCAACGUCUCCAGAGUCUCGGCGAUCUACUGUUAGUCUUCUAAUCAGUCUAUUGCGUGACUCAAGCCACAAGGUGCCUCCAAAUGUCAAAGGUCAACUCCUGGCUUCGAUUCACAGCUUCGUGGAUACCGGCGGCAACAUCAUAGAUGAGAACUCACAGAAAGAGUUGUAUGAAUUGGUAUCGUCAUUGUUCAACUACUUCAAGGAUCAGUCCAAUCGUCAGGUUCUUUGUGAGAUCCUCGACAUCCUGUCUCGUUACGAUGCUUCCUUAGAGCAAGCUGUUCGACUUUGCCAAGAUUUGAAUGCCAGCUCAACACAACGACUUGAAGAGAUCGACUAUGACAGGCGUCUACAGGCCUUCCACGCGAUCAAUGCUUUGGAGGUUGGCCAGCAGAACAAGUUGAUAUGGCGCCCAAUCGUCUUCAACCUGCUAUUCUUCAUCCGGACAAUGGAGGACUUCUCUAUACGAUCCAAUGCUAUAAGCUGCCUUAGGCAGUUCGUCGUCAAAGCGUCCGAAGGAGAGAUCCCUGAGUUGCAUGAUCUGAUCCGAACAGUGAUUCUGACAGCCGUCAGAAAGGGGAUCAGACAUGAGUCGGAGCUCAUACGGGCCGACUUUGUCUCUCUUUACGGUCUCCUAGUACAGCACGCUCGUGGGGACCCGGAUCUCGAAAAUAUGAGUGUGCUUCUAGUCGGCAACGACGAGGAAGCGUCGUUCUUUGCCAACGUCCUUCACAUACAGCAACAUCGCCGUCUCCGGGCCAUCCGACGUCUUGCCUCGGAAGUUGAAAAAGGAGCCAUCAAUGCACAAAACAAUGCAGAGGUAUUCAUCCCUCUGCUGGAAAUGUUUGUCUAUGAUUCCAACACGGAUGAAUCGGCUCAAAAUACGAAAGGCCAGAGCAUAGUAGCCAUGGGGACUCUACUGCAAUGGAUUAACUGGAAGCAAUUCAAGACGUUGUUCCGGCGGUACAGAAGUGACCUCGGUGCGGCAGAAAGCACCCAAAAAGCUGCUACCCGACUUCUGGCACACGCAGCAGAUGCCCUGUUAACAGCCCGAGGUUACCAGUCCAACACAUCCAACACAGACAGCCAGCAGGUCAUUCCCUAUUUGGCGAAGUCGAUCCGAGAUAGAGAAGUGGUGGAGAAUGAAUUGAGAACUCACUUCAUCCCCAAACUUUCCGAACUAGUCCACUACAAAGACGAGACGGAGAUCAGCUUCCGGAUUCCUGUCGCCGUGACCACGAUUAAGCUCAUCCAGAUGCUGCCGCCUGAGGAAGUGCAGAUGCUCGCGCCACCGAUCAUACUCGAUAUCGCACAGAUCCUCAAGAGUCGCACUCAAGAGUCACGAGAUAUUGCGCGCCGUGCUCUUUGUGAUAUCGUCACUCUACUAGGAGCGCCCAGCCUACAGUUUGUGCUUAAAGAGAUGCGUUCUGCGCUCACCAGGGGUUACCAGCUGCACGUGGUGUCAUACACGCUCCAUUCAAUUCUAGUGGCGAUUACGCCUCACACUGAGCUUGGCGAUUUGGACUACUGCGUAGAUGACCUUGUUCUGGUCGUCAUGGACGACAUUUUCGGCGCCGUCGGGCAAGAAAAGGAGAAUCAGGACUACAUCAGCAUCAUGAAGGAGGUCAAAAGCAGCAAAAGCUACGACUCGAUGGAACUACUUGCCCGCUCCAUCAGCGUGGGUGCACUUUCGAAGCUGGUAGCCCCCAUUCAGACCAUCUUGUCCGGAAACCUGACUUCGAAGCAAGUCAGACAGGUGGAUGAGCUCCUCCGAAGGCUGGGGGCAGGCGUGUCGCAGAAUCCUUCGGCAAGCAAGCGGGACUUGUUGGUAUUCGCUUACCAGUUGAUCCAGUCGCUGUACAAGCAGAAGGAGAACCAUUUGAAUCUGGCCCGGUCGCAGACGCUUGAAGAGACGAGUCGCCAGAGGUAUCUGAUCCAGCUGAGUUCGGCAAACAAGGCGACUGGCGGCCAGACAUCGCCAUUGUUAUACAAACUGGCUCGGUUUGCUUUGGAUCUGGUGAGGUCUACGCUCCACAAGCAUGACGACGUCCUCACGGUCGAGAAUGUCCACGGGUUUCUUCCCGUCAUUGGGGACGCCAUGAUCGAGGGCCAAGAAGACGUCAAGAUCUCUGCGCUGCGCUUGUUGUCAGCCAUCAUCAAGUUGCCGAUGGAUGAGCUCGACCAGAAUGCUCUCCUGUAUGUGCGGGAAGCGGUGAACCUGGUCAAGAAUUCGACCAGCACCAACGAAGAGGCUGCCCAGGCUGCGCUUAAGCUGAUGGCUGCGGUGCUUCGGGAACGCAAAAGUGUCAAGAUCCGAGACUCGGACAUUGCAGAUCUAUUGCACCGCAUCACCCCGGAUAUCGAAGAGCCAGACCGGCAAGGCGUGACGUUCAACUUCAUCCGGGCAGUCAUGGCCCGGAAGAUUCAAUUGCCUGAGAUCUACGAGCUGGUGGACAAGAUCGGUAUUAUGAUGGUGACCAACCAGACUAAGGCGGCACGCGAUCUAGCUCGAGGUGUUUAUGUCCACUUCUUGCUGGAGUACCCCCAAAGCUCGACCCGCUGGACCAAGCAGCAAAAAUUCCUCCUGAAAAACCUCGAGUACGCUUAUCCCGAAGGCAGGCAGUCAGUUAUGGAGGCCAUCAACAGCCUAGUUGUGAAGGUCAAAGGAGAAGCCGCGCAGGAGUUUAUUUCGACCUUCUUUAUUCCCAUCGUGCUGCGAAUGGCGAACGAUGAGAACAAGGGCUGUCGGGAACUUGCCGGGGUGUUGCUUGGUCAAAUCUUCCGCCUGGCCGACCGAGCCCGCCUCCGAGACUUGUUGGAGCCUUUGCGGUCCUGGUCUGAACAAGAAGAAAACCCGGCGCUACGAAAAAUCAGCCUACAAGCCUACAGCAUCCUUCUGGGCCCGGGAGUCGCUCUGGACCAGGAAGAAGUCGCUCACAUACGUGAUCGUCUGGCCAAGAUCCUUCAGAGCCCUGUGACCGAGGAUGGUGAUGAAUGGGAACUUCUUUUCCAUGGCUUGUUGCUCCUGGCGGGAUUGGUAGAGACUCAUCCCGACGUGGUCUUGACCCCAAAGCAGGCGCGGCUGUGGUCGGCGGUGUGGAAGUUGUUGAGUCACCCCAAUGUCUGGAUUCAAAGCACUUGUGCAAGCUUGAUCCAAGACUUCUUCCGGCAUUGUGGAUCUGCUGAUGUUGCGAAGCUUCCCCUGACGUGCGAUCAUGGGCUGCGCGUGGGCAAGGAGGACUUCCUCCAGAUACUGAAGGCCAACGUGCGAAUUGUCAAACGGACACAAGGCAAGGACAAUCUCAGUGCUUCGGCGGUGCAGAAUCUAGUGUUUAUGUGCCAGUGUAUGGACGUCAAUGGGCUGACGAUGGAGGUGGCCGACAAGGGAGACGAGAAGAACAACAACCACCAGGCGGGUGUGGCCGAGUCAGAGGACGACUCGGAUUCUGACCAAGGGGUUACGACGAAGACCAGACAAAUCCCAGCCAUUCACUACCUUUUGGAUCAAAUGGCACGUCUGUUACGCGUCGAGACCAGCAGUUUCACGUCUGCGGCCUUGAGCCCAAAGAUAUGGGCUCUCAAUCUCCUCUCGACCGUGCUCCCCAGUCUCUCGGAGGCCAGUCUGGCCGGACACAAAGUGCACGACAUUCUACUUCCACUCCAACAUCUGACGGACCCCAACACGAUCCAGCCUCGGUCGGGCGACCCGAGCUUUGCCGCGACGUACCAGACGUUGAUCGAACAGGCGCACGAGGUGAUUGAGAAAGUGCGGAGCAAGCUUGGCGACACGCGGUACGUGCAAGUGUUGACCGAAGUGAGCAAGAUGGUGCGCGAGAGGCGAGAGCAGCGGCGAAGUAAGCGACGAAUCGAACGGGUUGCGGAGCCGGAACGGGCGGCGCGAGAGAAGCGGAAGAAGAGUGAGCGGAAGAGAGAGCGGAAGAAGGAGAUUGGCCGAACGUUUCAGAGGAGAAGGCACGAGAUGGGGAUGUAG